AUGAACGCCACAAACAUGCUUUCGGCCAACAAAGUGAAACUGCACGGCAUGACCUCAAACCGUUGGACGACCAAAGACAAAAUAAUCCAGUACAAGGGCCUGAUAAAGCUGUACACCAGAGACAGGAAAAUCAUCGAAACCGACACCGGAGUAGCGGAAAAAAGGCAGCAGCGCGAAUUGAAAAAGUUGCAAAAGGAAAUCGAACAGAACCGCAAAGACUUAGACAACGCCAUUAGAGGCGACAAACAAAAACUUCGAAACACUCUGGCCGAUCACAGAGAAAUGCAGCUGGCCUAUCAUAACUCACAACCGGAAAAAGUAAUCGAAAUGGUGGCCCAAGUAAACUUCAACAAACGCAAAUCCAGAGAUUUGUUGCAGUACAAAAAAAAGCUCAAAACCCAAGAGCUUAUUGAUCGUAAAUUGGGCUAUGCAGCAUUAGAAGAUUACAUCAAAUUCGAAGGCUUAAGCUGGGGCAACAUGCUUCCGUGCGAGCGCCAAGCGCACAUAAUAACAGGCAAAGUGCAAGACGCCAUCCUAAAAAAAGAAGCUGCCAUCGUAAUAAAACAAUCUUACAAAGAAAUGACUGCCAUAAUGAAAAAGGACGCACUAUACUUUGACGCUAUAUUAGACGCUAUAAGAAACGAUGGCAUAAGUCAAGGCAAAUGUAUGAUAAAUGCCACAAAACUAGGCCAACUGGCCACAGAGUAUUUGGACGAUCGUAGACAAGAGUUUCAACUUUUAGAAAAAGUAAUCAAACGAGAAUUGGCCACUAGACGCAAAGACUUGGAAACGGUUAGCCAGCGUGUGCACAAUUUUGGAACAAGCGUUAAAAACCUCUUAAGACGCGACAGUGAUUUGAAUUUAGGCAAAAUCACUUUGCAACCCUCUGAAAGUUUUGCCGAGUUACAACGCGAUUUUCAAAACGUCGAAGCAACUUUGACUUUUUUGAAAAAUGCUAUUUUUGUACCAAGUCUGGAGUCGAUUUAUCCUUGCCUGCAAGAGCAGCUGAGGCAAAAAGAGAGGUUGGAGUUGAUGGUGAACAAGUGCGAAGAGGAUCGCGAUCAGUUGCUGAAAAAAAGCGAUCAUGCUGGUGCUAAAGAAGUGGAGUUAGAGAAUACUCGAGUCGAGACUACGUCGCAAUAUAAGACUAACAAAAGAGAGUUUAUUGAGCAGAUUGAGGAGCAAAGGGAGAAGGUGAGACAGUUGGAGAAAUUGAUUAAUAAUCGUUACAAUCUGUUAGCCAGAAUCAGAAUUUCUUUAAAACACCUCCAGCUCCUCUCCACGCUAGUCAGCGACGUUAAAACUGGCAAACAAGCGAUAAAAAUGCGAGAUUCGGGUUUGCAUGACCAAGCACCAACCAAACCCACCUCAGACGAACUCGACGCUUCAAAAAUCAUCCCGGAUUUGCUCAAAAAGUUUGCGAAACUAGCUCAAAAUUCCAAAGACCUGUUGAAAGACCAAGCGCGAGACGAAGGCUACAAGAGCUUUGAGGUUUUGAUGCAUCAAGCCACGAAAGAUGUUGAGCAAUUUACUACUUUGAGUGAAGAGACGCUCGUUGGGUCGGUUUUUCUGGAUACUCAUGUUUUAACUAGAGUUGAUAUUAAGAAGCAGAGCCAGGAAAUUGUCCAAGCCAAUUUGGUUACUGAUGAAUUUAUGCCCGAGGCACAGAAAAAGAAGAAAUUCUUUUAA